AUGUCCGCCAAUGGAUCCCCCGCAAGUCCCCAGGAGCUCUGGCGGCACUCCGCUCCCGAAUCCACACGAAUCUACCAUUUCACGAAGACAAUCGCCGAGAAGCAUGGAAUUCCGCUAAGAAGCUAUAACGACCUCUGGAACUGGAGUAUAUCGGAGCCUGCCAAAUUCUGGGAGGAGAUUUGGCUGUAUACAUCUAUAAUUGCCCACAGACCUUACGACCAAGUAAUGGGCUCAGAGACGCUUCUCUUUCCUCGACCUCAGUUCUUUGAAGGUGCAAGUCUGAAUUUUGCUGAAAAUCUGCUGUACCCUGCUUGUUCGCCUGACGAGAAUGCUGUCGCUAUCAUUGCGGCUACAGAGGCAGAUCGUGAAUAUAUCUCUUGGAAAGAGCUCAGAGACCGUGUUCGCCGGUGUGCCAAUGCGCUGAAAGGAGCCGGAUUGCAAAAGGGUGACCGCGUGGCUGGAUUUCUGGGGAAUCAUGCUAACACAGUUGUUGCAAUGCUCGCAACAACGUCCAUUGGGGCUUUUUGGACAGGCGUAUCCCCGGAUACGGGGGUCCAUGCUGUCCUUGAGCGCCUGACGCAGAUUGAACCCAAGAUCCUAUUUGCCGAUAAUGCCUCGCUUUACAAUGGCAAGGUGCAUAGUGCAGCUGCCAAAACCAGCCAAAUUGUCUGCGAACUCCCUAAGCUGGAGGCGCUCGUUAUAUUCCCAACAAUUGGGUCGGUCGAAAUCAAGCUGGAAGAGGUUUCACUUCGACAAGGGAAGGCAUAUACAUACGCUGACUUCCUGCUAACGGCCAGCAACCCGGCAGCACCGCUGGAGUUUGCAAGCUUACCACCUGAGCACCCUGUUUACAUCCUGUACAGUUCAGGCACAACUGGAGCCCCGAAGCCCAUUGUGCACGGGUCUUUGGGGACACUGCUGCAACAUAAGAAAGAGCAUGUACUUCACUGUGAUAUCUAUCCGGGAGAUCGGCUUUUCUACUUUACUACAACCACCUGGAUGAUGUGGCAUUGGUUAGUGUCUGGUCUGGCAAGCGGGGCCACUAUUGUUCUUUAUGAUGGGUCGCCUUUCCGGCCUUUAGAUCCUGAAGGAGGGGCUGGAGAGAUGGCCAUGCCCCGCCUCAUCGAUGAACUCCAGAUAACCCAUUUUGGGACGUCCGCUAAAUAUCUCUCAAUGCUGGAGCAAGCUGCCCUCAAUCCAAGAGAGUAUCCCCACCGCCCUGUGAGUCUACAGACGCUGAAGGCGAUCUUCAGCACAGGCUCUCCUCUGGCGCCAUCCACGUUUGAGUAUGUCUACUCGUCAAUCCAUCCGGAUAUCAUGUUGGGUUCAAUCACUGGUGGUACCGAUAUUCUUUCCCUGUUUUGCUCCGGCUGUCCGAUCCUCCCUGUGUAUAAGGGCGAAAUCCAGUGCCGAAGCUUAGCAAUGGCGGUCUCUGUGUAUGAUUACGCUGGUAACGACAUCAGCUCGUCUGGCGAGCCGGGAGACCUGGUCUGUACCCGGCCAUUCCCAGCGCAGCCAGUUAUGUUCUGGCCACCUGGACCCAUUGGAGUUGAGAAAUACCGCAAAAGUUAUUUUGACGUCUUUGGUCCUUCAAUCUGGCACCAUGGAGACUUUGUACGCUUAAACCCCGAAACUGGCGGAGUUGUCAUGCUAGGACGAAGCGACGGUGUGCUGAAACCAGCCGGCGUACGAUUCGGCAGCGCUGAGAUCUAUAACAUCCUGUUGAAACACUUUGCGGAUGAGAUCGAGGAUUCUCUUUGUGUUGGACGUAGAAGGGAAGGGAUCGAUACUGAUGAGACGGUAGUUCUGUUUGUGAAGCUGGCAUCCCCGAGCGACUCGUUGCCCCCGGAUCUUGCAUCGCGCAUCCAGGCUACAAUCCGCAGAGAACUCAGUCCUCGCCAUGUUCCAGGAAUCGUGGACGUUUGUCCUGAGAUUCCGGUGACGUCAAAUGGCAAGAAAGUCGAGAACGCCGUCAAGCAGAUUCUCUGUGGGCUUAAUAUCAAAAUCGGCGCCAGCGUUGCGAAUGCCUCGUGCCUUGAUUGGUAUCGCACAUGGGCUGCUCAACACCCAUAA